AAAGAACAUGAUAUUAUAUUUAGUAAGUUCAGGUCCUGUGCUCGAAAUGUGGGCAUCCCAUACCGCGCUAUUGCAUCACAGUGUAGUUAACAAUUAUUGUUUUCUAGUAAGACUUUGCAAAACAGAAGGCAUCAUGGCUGCUGAAAAUAAACAAGAUCAUGGUAAACAGCAAAAUGGUUUCAAUAAAUUGAUACAAAACAAAGAGGUACCAUAAAGUAGCAGUUAUUUUCCAUAGAUAUUUCGUAAAAUGUCUCAAUUUGUCAUCUUUUGAAUUUCCGUCUGUAGGAAAUUAAAGGAUUUGACUUUCAUUCCAGUAUCGUUGUUGUCAAGAGCUCUAAGGCUUAGACUUUGUAGUUUUAUUUUUAGAAACUGUUGUUUGUUAAAUACACGUGCACAUCUGCCGAAGGUGCUUCUAAUUUAGGCGCGUUGUGUAUAUUGAACAGUUGGAAGCAACAAUGGUGCGCUUAGUCAAAGUGACGUUUUGGUUAUAAUUUAUUUCAUUCAGCUGUUUACCUCUUGGGAAUUCAAAGCUAAUCCUAUUGAUUCUCUCUUUCAUGCAGAUCUCUAUAAAGAGCGACAAUUUUUAAAAAAGGUAAGAUUUGGAUGAAUUUUAAGCUCCAAGCGAAUAAGAAAAAGAAAAUGAAGGAAAAAUUUAACAGGUGCCAUGUGCUAUAAUUAAGCAUAAAUUCGCAUAAAAAGCAAAAAGUAUUAUUUUCCUUCAUUUUCUUCUCUAAUCGUUGGAAAACAACUUAUUUUAAAGCGGCUUGAUAAUCUUCGCCGCUUGAAAUGUUUAGCGUACCAGCAAGGAAGGCUUCAAGUGUGACAAUAUUCCGAGCGUAUUUGUUUCAAAGCAUUAAAAAGAAUUGAUGCUCACUCAUUUUCCGAGUCAUCUCAAGGUCAAUGCAAAAUUCAAUAUUGGCACCAUUUUUAACUUUUUUGUUUAGGAUUUGCAGCAUAAAAUCGGUAAAAUUAAUAUCAAACUACAAUAACAUUUGCUCGGCGUAAAGUUUAUGGAUGGUGUAUUCCAAGGCCCAUUGCCUCGCAAGUUUAUUACCAGCGAUAGACGAGAUACCGAUCGGCCUAAUGUAAAUUCUCGUUUUUAGUGCAAGUAUUAUACAUUUGUGUUAAUGGUUGAAGGCAGAACUAAACUGUUACCCCACACAAGCAGCAAGAAGGCAUCACUGACCGAAAGCUGACUUUGCCUGGUAGGGCAAGUCAGUGUAACAUAAUAUUUUUUUCGUGCCAAAGUCCUAUUUUCAUUUUACGAAACGAAUUAAUAAUGCAUUAAAUGUUUGUUCCCAGGCUGUAUCUUUUUCUGGAAUAAGCCCGAGAAAGAAAGGAUGAGUCCACAGUUUCAACUACUCUAUUUUCUUCUGAAACUAAUUUGCCUUAUUAAAAGCCCAGCAAGGGUAUAAGUAUGCUGGCUUUCCAGCUGUGAAACAAUUCACAAUCUUUAACAGUUACGUAAACAUCUGAUGGCCCAAAAAAUAGAAAUAGUUACAAGAACUCAACGACAUUUGAGUUACUCACUUCGCGAUCACGUCAUUGGAUUCUAAAUUGUACGUCUCCGAAAACGCCCAAAUAAUCACUUGUGAUUUUUUUCAAGCCAAACGCACUUUAGUUUAGUUCGUGAUUUUAGAUUCCGUUAACUCCUGAGUGCUGUGUUUGUCUAUUUCACUUUAUUGAAGGUCUGAUAAUCGACUUGUUCAAUUUAGGUACCACAAACUCUUCAACAAAAGAACUGUUUUCAUAUACACGUAUGAUAUCUUGAAAACCAAGUUUACUAACAAAGCCACUGUUUUUCUUUUUCCCUAGGAUAUGAAAAUGACGAUGGAAGAAGAUCAAACAAAAUUCACAAAGCUCUUCGUUGGAGGAAUUCCUUAUCACUCAGCUGACGAAACACUAAAAGAGUACUUUGAACAGUUUGAUGACAUUGUGGAAGCGGUAAUCAUCCGAGAACGAAACAGUCAAAGAUCCAAGGGAUAUGGAUUUGUUACCAUGGCCACAAAGGAAGGCGCCGAGAGAGCCUGCGUGAACAAGAGACCAAUCAUUGAUGGCAGACGGGCCAAUGUUGACCUCGCUUACCUCGGUGCGAAGCCCAAAACCACCACUGAGGGUGCCGCCACCGACGGUGCUGCCACCAACGGUACUGCCACCGAGGGUACUGCCACCCCAGAGUGUCCUAGUGCUCCCUCUUCGCCAACGGGCAGACAAGCAAAUGUCGACCUGACCAACCUCGAGGCAAGGCCAAAAUCCCGGCAAGAUCAUACUGCCACUCCAGAAUGCUCCAGUGCUUCACCUUUGACAGCGCCUUUUGAGAUGGUUAGCGCAACAGACAGUGGUUCAACUCAAUGGGCAUCUGAAGAGCAUUUUCCAAAUUACAGCACAGUGCCAAAUAAGCACAAGUAUGAGUCUAGACAUCCCGCUCAGCUAAAACCUACACGAGUCAGCGGCAUGCAGGCUGUCAUCCCCAAUCCGCCCCUCUUGAACACAAUGAUCUACUACCAAGGAAACAUGCCCCCUUAUUCACCACCUGGCAACGUGGUCCCUGUUGAUCCAAAUUUUCUGGAUCAAACUACUACGUUUAAUUUUGUCACUUUUAUGCCGGCGCAAGGCUCUGUGGCUCCUCCAAUACAGAAUACGAAUAUCAGUAUGCAGUACCUUCCACACUUUGGCCAAGUUCCUCCCCAACCAAGUGCAACAGAGCUGAUAUCCAGCCCUCGCUUCAUCUACUCUGUACCUGUGUGGUACGUUGAACAAGGAGGGGUGCCCUGUGGGCCAGUAAGCUUGGAGCCUCUGUCGAGGUAUUCUCGAGCGCCUUUGAUUUCUGCUGAGAUCGAUGGAAACAACAACGGCGGCUUUUCUGCUUGCAAAAUGUACCCCACUGCAUCGUAUUAUUAACAUCAUGACGUUUCUUUUUUUUUAUUUAUGUCUAGCUUUCUCUGAAGUUAGCGCUUAAAGGAACAUUGAGUAGAUAUCUCCAAAACGUGAAACGUAGUAAGAGUUACUAAAAAUUAAGAUAGGCACUGAAUAAGCUUAAUGGCGAUAAAGAUACGUUUUGCAGAAGAAACCGUCGGAAUUUCAACCAGCAAUAGAUCAAUACAACGGAGAGCAUGAGCAUUUUUCGUCUCUGCAAAUAAAUCAGAAAAUCGUAGCUGAAAGUGCCUUUCCCAAUACAAGUCGCUGCAUCAUUAUAAAUGUUUUAACAUGGAUAGUCAGUAUUUUAGGAACUCGUGGUAGAUAACAGAGCUAACUGGACCAUCAAAAUUGACCUUGCUCAAUCCGAGCAGUUCAGCCUUUCGCUAUUUAAUCAGUUUAAAAAUAACUUACGUUUUUAGCCAAUGGUGCAUCAUGAUCACCAAGACCGUUUCUUCUUAAUUUAUUAACACAAUUCAGGAAACAUUCUAUAAACUUCAAAUGCCAAACCAUCAUAUUGUAAUACACUAAACUCGUCAUUCUAAAAUGGGAGAAGCCAUGUCUCUUAUCUGCUUUGCGUUGGUUCCAGGAAAUAAUUGGUAGACAAGAAACUAUAGUCUCUAUGUAAAAAUAAUUUUAAGUUCCAGCAUUCAAAUUUCUGGCCUUAAGAGAUGCUGCAAAUCGAUAUGUGUAUAUUAAGGUAAAUUAUAAUUAAGAUUAGUGAUAAUCAAAAAUUAAAUCAUAGUUGCCAGUAUUAUUAACUGGAUUCAGUUUUAGCCGGCGCCAGUUAUUUACUAAGUGAAACAUGGUAAAGAUGCCUUAUACUUCCGAGGACGACUUAUCAUUCGAGAAAAAAGGCUUGUGUAGGUUCGCCACUAUUAAAUGCCCUGUGGUUUACAUGCACUCAGUAAGUUUUAUACGACUUAUACAUUGUUAUGCAAUGUUUCGUUUUCCAGUUGUUUUUGUAGUUUUGUAGUAGCAGUUUGACUCGCAAAACCGAUCUGUAAAUUAGUUUCGUAGAAUAAUAAAAUUAAGUUAAUUCUAAGUAUUGUACACAUCCAUUCUCACGUUUGCACCAGUAUGUUACGCAAGAAUAAGCUUAUAAUUAAAGAUUAAAUGGAUAUUUUCAGAUUGAA